CUACUUGGCCAUCUUGAUUUCCAAAGAUGUCUUUGUGCUUUCAUAUCUCCCUGUCCAAACUCUCCUUAGUGUUAGUAGCAGACCCAGAACUUUGUGGCCUUGCACCCGGUACAGCAGAGUGAACACGUCUUCCCAACACUUCAGCACUAAUGAACAAUUGUGUGCUUAUUUUGCUUUUCCACAUUCCAAACGAUGCCUCAGUCUUUUUCUAGCAUCGGUAGGUUUUAAAAAAGAAGAACUAGUUAUUGGAUUUAUUGAACCAAAAUCUUUCUCAUUAAAGCACAUUUUCUCAGAUUUUUUUUACACAAUCCUUAGCAACACUGAAAAGAGAAGUUGUUUUUGAUCGUGUUUGCGAUCUUUGCCACAUGUAGAAGACUGAGAGUUGUCCAAAAUGGCUGCACAGUGGAGACAAAGGACAAACGCUCUGGUUGUGACUCUGGGAGUGCUGCACUGCUGGGGAUUGGGAUCCUGUUAUGAUCAGAGGACUAGCAUUCUCACAGAAGUCAAAUCUCUUGAAAAGCACUCAGUGACCCAUGAAAGAGUGAAGAGAGGAUGGGUGUGGAACCAGUUCUUUGUGGUGGAAGAGUACACGGGAACAGAGCCACUUUAUGUUGGAAAGAUCCACUCAGACUCCGAUGAAGGUGAUGGGUCCAUCAAGUACACCAUAUCUGGUGAAGGCGCAGGGACUAUCUUUAUCAUUGAUGAGGUCACAGGGGACAUUCACGCCACCGAGAGGUUGGAUCGUGAGGAGAAAGCCUUCUACACGUUACGAGCACAGGCUCGAGACCGCCAGAGUGACGCCCCACUCGAACCAGAGUCCGAGUUUGUCAUCAAGGUUCAGGAUAUCAAUGACAGCGAGCCCAAAUUCCUGGAGGGACCAUACAUCGGAAGCGUGGCCGAGCUGUCUCCUAUCGGUACAUCAGUAAUGAAAGUGAUGGCAUCAGACGCAGAUGACCCGACCUACGGCAGCAGUGCCAGGAUAGUAUACAGUGUUUUGGAUGGAGAAAAGUUCUUCACUGUUGAUAGACAGACGGGAGUGAUUCGGACGGCCGUGGCCGAUCUCGAUAGGGAGACUCAGGACCGUUAUGAGCUAGUUGUCAAGGCAACAGACAUGGCAGGCCAAAUGGGUGGUCUCUCUGGUUCCACCACGGUGACCAUAGUGAUCACGGACGUUAAUGACAACCCUCCACGUUUCCCUCAGAAGAUGUGUCAGUUUUCAGUUCUAGAAGGCAUGGCAGUGGGCACAUCUGUGGGCAGGGUGAUGGCCACAGACGCAGACAUGGGCGAGAACACGGACAUGAGCUACCUGAUUAAAGACGAGGAAGGAGGAGAGCUCUUCAGAGUCUCCACUGACACAGACACACAAGAAGCCAUCAUUAUUAUCAAGAAGCCUCUGGACUUUGAGAAGAAACGCACUCAUAAUGUGGUGUUGGAGGCAGUGAAUAAGCAUGUGGAUCCACGCUUCGUGGACUUGGGCUCCUUCCGGGACCAGACCAUUGUCAGAGUCAGCGUGUCAGAUGUGGAUGAACCUCCAGUCUUCAGUCCACCCAAUGGAGCUAUUAUGGAAGUACAAGAGGAUGCCAAACAAGGGGCUCUUGUGGGCUUUGUUACAGCCAGGGACCCAGACGUGGAUAAUGUCCCUCUUAGAUUCUCAAUAGAUCAGAGCACAGAUCAGGAGCAGAUCUUUAACAUUGAUGCAGUGACUGGUGCAAUCACUCUGGGGAAGCUCUUGGACAGGGAGACAGCAGGCUGGCACAACAUCACAGUGACAGCAGUAGAAGCAGAUAACCAGUCCAUGGCUUCUCAGACUGUAGUUAGCAUUCGUAUUCUGGAUGUGAACGACAAUCCACCUGAGCUGGCCACCCCAUAUGAAGUCUCCAUCUGUGAAGAUGCAAAACCUGGCAAGCUCAUUCACACCAUCAGCGUUGUGGACCGAGAUGAACCUCAGUUAGGCCAUCGCUUCUAUUUCACACUUGCUCCCGAAGCCUCCAGCAACCGCCAUUUCACAUUGUGGGACAUAAAAGAGAACACAGCAGGCAUUAGAACACAGCGAUCGGGUUUCAACCGACAGGAGCAGAACGUGUACGUGUUGCCGAUCCUGGUUGUGGACAGUGGGCCUCCAGCUCUUAGCACAACUGGCACACUUACCAUCCAUGUGUGUAGCUGUGAUGCACACGGAGUCAUCCAAUCCUGCAAUGCCACAGCCUUCAGCAUGGGAACAGCCCUCAGCCCAGGAGCUCUCAUCGCCCUGCUUGUCUGCAUGCUCAUUAUUAUCGUUAUUGUGCUGCUGAUUGUGACCUUAAAGCGCCACAGGAAGGGUCAGCGCAUGUGUGAGGAAGAGGAAGACAUGCGUGACAAUGUCAUCAAGUAUAACGAUGAGGGUGGAGGUGAGCAGGACACACAAGCCUAUGACAUGAGUGCACUGCGCAACCUCUACGACUUCCCAGAAGCAAAGAGCUCUGAAUCACUUCCAAAGCGCAUCCAAAACCAUGUGAACUCUGACAGAGAGGUAGCUGAUUUCUCCCUGUUUAAAGGCUACAUCCGGAAGAAGGUGGAGCAGGCAGAUGCAGACCCAUCAGUUCCUCCUUACGACUCAUUUCAGACAUACGCACUGGAGGGCAGCGGCUCGCCAGCACUCUCACUAAGCUCCAUCCACACUUUGUCCACCAGCUCAGAGCAGGACUUCUCCUACCUCAGGGACUGGGGGCCUCGUUUCAGGCAGCUGGCAGGAUACUAUGCCCCGGCACAGCCUGAUGAAGAAGGGUCCUAGCACUGCUUGCCAUCCUGUGCCUACUUUGCCAAACUAACAACACACUGCUGUUCUGUAGAGACUACUAUGUCCUGGAGCUGCUCACACUCCUUUACCUACCACGCUCCUCCAUCAGCGGGUGAUCACUGGAUCUCAGUGUUUUCUGGACAUUUUAGUAAAACAAAGACAGUUUGCCUUUUCAAAAGAUUAAAAAGAAGAGGAUGAACAGUCCAUGAGCAAGGAGUUGGGCAGGACUCCAACAAACCUAGCAGGGUGUGAAACGAGAGCUGGGCUGUGCUAUGUGCACAGUGCUAAACCCACACUGUUCCCUAUCUGGAGGGUUUUCUUGGUGUGUGUGUGUGUGUGUGUGUGUGUGUGUGUGUGUGUGUGUGUGUGUGCUUCUUUUUUCUCUCUUUUGGUGAGAGCAAAGUCUACUGAUUGAUUAGGAGAGUAAGAAGAGGACACCGUGCAGCAGGACUGGGGAGGUUAUUUUCUAAGCCAAGACAAAUUAUUCCCAGAUGAAAAUAUGUUAUUUAUUUAAAAAAAAAAGAAAAAAAAGAAGAUAUUUAUGUAUUUAUUGUUUCUAUUUAUUUAUUUAUUUAUUCCUCCAGGUUAAAGUACAGUAUACUGGACUGGACUUAAUUAUUGACUAGAGAAAUGUAAGGAUGGAUGAUACAGACUGAACAUCCCUGAGACUAUUACAGGCAUUGACAUGAUGGUGCCAUUGUGAGUGAGAGAUCUGGGCCACAGCUUUUCAAAAAAUUACUUAUUUUUCAGAUUUUUUUUUUCUUUUUCUUUCUAAAAUACAGGCCUAUGCUGGGAAAUGAUGUAUAAAUAUUAACUACUCACUCAGUCAGAGGUUUUGUUUUUGUCCUUUCAUACAUUUUAUGUAUUGUGUUAAUCUUAAAUUGAUUAUCCAAGUCCAUGUUGUGGGCAGUCAGAUAUUUGUUGUGUGUGUUAUUUUAUUUUCCUUUUGAAACUGUAUUCCAGUGAUUAAUUUUGGGGACAAUAAGGAACAUUUAACCACAAGAGACAGAAGUGUCAGAUACUCCACAUUUUUUAUCAGUAUUUACAUGGAUAUUUACAUUUUGCAGCCAUGUUCAUUGCAGAUUCUGUGACUGUGUUGUUUAUAUUCUAAUCUGGUUUCAAGACUGGAUGUUUUGAUCGGUUUUAUUUAGUUUAAUCUUUAGUAUUGGUUGAGGCUGAUGAAAGGAGAUGAGUAUAUGAUUAGAAGGCCUGGUUACACUAAAUCCUUUUUUGAUCCAUGAUAACUCUGUUGAUGUAGUUGCUUAGAACUAACUACAUUAGUUACACCACAGCAGUACUAAUCAGUACUAUAGUAAUUCAGUCAGAAUGCAUUUUAUUCAGGGGGCACGGUGGCUUAGUGGUUAGCACGUUCGCCUCACACCUCCAGGGUUGGGGGUUUGAUUCCCGCCUCCGCCUUGUGUGUGUAAAGUUUGCAUGUUCUCCCCGUGUCUCGGGGGUUUCCUCCGUGUACUCCGGUUUCCUCCCCCGGUCCAAAGACAUGCAUGGUAGGUUGAUUGGCAUCUCCGGAAAAAUUGUCCACAGUGUGUGAUUGCGUUAGUGAAUGAGAGUGUGUGUGCCCCGCGAUGGGUUGGCACUUGUCCAGGGUGUAUCCUGCCUUGAUGCCUAAUGACGCCUGAGAUAGGCACAGGCUCCCCGUGACCUGAGGUAGUUCGGAUAAGCGGUAGAGAAUGAAUGAAUGCAUUUUAUUCAUACAAGACAUUAUAUCAUGUCCAUCAAAGACCAGAUGUUUAUGAACAUUUUUGUAAAACUAAAAAUGGAUUGAUUUGUCCCAUGACCAAAAGUGUAUCCAGGAGUUAAUACCUAUUUAAGAGGCUUUCAUCACCCACAGCCAAUAUCUAGAGACAUUCUGUUGCCAACCAUAUCCAGUAUCAGUGUAUGGAUUAAAUGUACAGUUGAAAUCAAUAAAUAUUAAACUUUU